AUGGCUAGUGAAGAUAGUUUUCUAGUAUUAGUGCAAUAUAGAUGGUUGAUUAAGAAAAAAACACGUUCUGGAAUUAAGUUUACUGAUAAGAAUCCCCUUAGUGUUUUUUUGAAACCUUCAACGAGUUUUACUGAGUUCCUGAAUUCUAUAAUCCAAAAACUGGGGUUGCAAGGCGUGAAACGAGUUGAGAAAUUAUUAUAUAGAAUUCCGAUUUCAAUGUUGCGGGAUGACGUGAAGUACAAUUCGUUCAUAAUAGGGAGUGACGAAGAUUUGGAAGUUCUAUUCCAUUGUCGCCAGCAGUUUUCCGAGGUGAGGACUCCUGAUGAGCUGUCAGCCAAGCUUGUAGAUGUGGUUUCCAGCUCAGGUGGUUUGAACCAGAAUCUCCAAGCUCUUGCAACGAUAGCCUAUUCUAGUUCGAGGCCAAGUGGUGCCUCCUCAUCUGUGUCUGUGAUUGCGCCUAAGGCAAUGUUGGUUGCCUCCCCGUCCUUUGCAGCUGAUCUAAACCACAGUGGUUACGGAGAAGUAGGUAUUACUGAUGCGGUACCGGUUUCAUUACAGGGUAGAGCACCUGAUGGUAUGGACGAUGUACUACGGGAUGAUGAUGAGGAAGACUAUGUGGAGUCGGACAUAAUUGCCGAUGAUAGUGGUGAUGAUAUAGCAGGGAGUAAUCCAGUUGGGAGUAGUGAUGACUCAGCAAUACCCCCUCCCCCGGCGCACUUUUCAAGUUUGGACUUGGAUGCCAUGAGACAGCAGGGGGUUCCUGGAGAACUUGUUGGAUUCGGUGCUAGAGACACACAAGAUGCUGGAGGACUAACGGAGUUUCAGGUUGAUCAGCAGUUUUAG